GAUGACCAUGACCCAGGCAGACAAAAUCGCCAAAACUGCCAGAUCCAGCCCAAACAAUUCUCCAAACCGAAUUCUAGCCCUAGAGACUCGCAAGAGUGGACCGUUCUCUUCUGGAAAUGUUUUCACUCGAAAAGGAAACGUACUACGGAGUACUGGUACAAAUCUUGGCACCUCGCCUCGCCCAGACCAGUAGGAAAGAGACAGACGAGCGGCGAAGCGAAAGCACGUCGACAUCCCCCACCAUCCCCGCCUCGCGCCCCGUUCGCCGUUAAUGACCUCCAAAUCGGACGCCACUCCGCGGCAACAGCAGCGUCACCGCCACCGCCACCGUGUCGCCGGCAGCGCGGAGCGAGGCGAUGGCGGGCGCGGCCGACGGCAUGGGGAGCAAGUACGCGGCCCUCGAUCCGACCGACGGGCCGGAGCUGGACGCGGCGAUGGUAAGCCGGAGGAGGCCCUCGGCGUCCGAGAGGAGGAGCAAGGAGAGGUUCGUGUACGGCUGCGCCAUCUUCGCCUCGCUUAACGCCAUCCUCCUCGGCUACGAUGUCGGUGUCAUGAGUGGCGCAAUCAUCUACAUCCAGAAAGAUCUCCACAUCACCGAGUUUCAGGAAGAAAUCCUAGUUGGUUGCCUGAGUGUGAUCUCACUCUUGGGAAGCCUGUCAGGAGGAAGAACUUCCGAUGCCAUCGGCAGGAAAUGGACAAUGGGCCUUGGCGCGAUCAUCUUCCAGACCGGUGCAGCCAUCAUGACAUUCGCUCCUUCGUUCACCGUGCUCAUGAUAGGGAGGCUUCUCGCCGGGGUGGGCAUCGGCUUUGGCGCCAUGAUAUCUGCCGUCUACAUUGCCGAGAUCUCCCCCGCGGCUGCCCGGGGGACUCUCACAUCCCUCCCUGAGAUCUGCAUCAACUUGGGGAUCCUCCUCGGCUACGUCUCCAAUUAUGCUUUCUCGGGCCUCUCCGAGCACAUCAGUUGGAGGGUCAUGCUUGGUGUCGGUAUCCUCCCGUCUGUCUUCAUCGGUGUCGCGCUUUUUGUGAUCCCGGAGUCCCCUAGGUGGCUGAUGAUGGAGAAGAGGGUUCCAGAGGCAAGGGCGGUGUUGCUGCAGAUAAGUGAAUCGGAGGCUGAGGUUGAAGAAAGGCUGGCUGAGAUUGAGGAAGCUGCAAAUAUCAUGAAGUCCGUUAAUUCUGAGGACAAGGCGGUGUGGAGGGAGCUACUGAACCCUUCUCCUGCUGUUCGCCGGAUGCUGUAUGCUGGCUGCGGUAUUCAGUUGUUCCAGCAGAUCACUGGAAUUGAUGCUACUGUCUAUUACAGCCCAACAAUUUUCAGGGAUGCUGGAAUCAAGUCUGACCAGGAGCUUCUUGCAGCAACGGUUGCUGUUGGGUUUACUAAGACGAUUUUCAUACUGGUUGCCAUUUUCCUCAUUGAUAAAGUUGGGCGCAAACCGCUUCUGUAUGUCAGCACCAUUGGCAUGACGGUCUGCUUAUUCGCCUUGGGGACUGCACUUACAUUGCGAAAGCAUGCUGAGGGGCUUAUUUCUCCAAAUCUUGGGAUUGACAUGGCAAUCUUUGCAGUUUGCGGGAAUGUGGCGUUCUUCUCGAUCGGGAUGGGACCGAUAUGCUGGGUGUUAUCUUCAGAGAUAUUUCCUAUAAGAUUGCGAGCUCAGGCAUCAGCACUUGGUCAAGUAGGUGGCAGAGUGGGCAGUGGUUUGGUUUCCAUGUCAUUCCUCUCCAUGGCCCGCGCCAUAUCCGUGGGGGGAAUGUUCUUCGUCUUUGCAGCGAUCUCGACCGUCUCCGUUGUGUUUGUGUACUUCUGUGUGCCAGAAACUAAAGGGAAAACUCUGGAGCAGAUUGAGAUAAUGUUUGAAGGUGGGAAGGAAUGGAAAGGAGGUGGCGAGGUCGAGCUUGAAGAUACACAGCAUCUAAUACAGGGUGACAAGAAAUCUUUCUCUCUAGGUUGAUAUAACCUUUUCUAAAAAAGGUUGAUAUAAUCAGCAGAGCAACAAGAAGCUUCGUGCCAGUGCUGAAACAGCCUCGUCCUGCUUCCGACAUCAGAUUGAAAAAUGAUGAUGAAGCUGCCUUCAGCUGCUGCCGAUUUUGAGAGCUCAACAGGACUUUACUGCGCAUAGGUUGUGACAUAGAUGGUGUAUUGUGUUUUUAGUGUAAAGUACUCCAUUAUAUAACCAUAUCACAAAUAUCACGUAGAAGAAGGACGCAAUGCUGUUUUACCUGGUGGUGUCUUCCACCUAUAAAAUCAAUAUAUAGUCGGCGGCCCAGUGUAGCGACAGUUUGUUGCUUAGACGGCGGCUUUAGUUUUA